CCUGCUUCCAACAAGGAGGUGGAGAAAAUGCGCUCAUGAAAAAGUGGUUGGCACUGACAUUUUUGCAGGAGGUUGGAUUGCUCUGAGAUUAUGUACAGGUUAUUUUGAUAAUCUUGUGAGUGGAAAUGUUGCCUUGAUACUUUGCUGUUUUCCUUUUUUUCCGAGGAGAGUCUAUGGUGUGACCAAAAAUCCAGUCAGUGUAAAUUAUGGAUUCCCUUUGCGGUCAUGGGUUGGUUACAGUUCAUGAUAUAUGUACCUUUUCGGUGUCAGCUGACAUGCGCUUCUGCAUCUGUGUCGCAUUUUAAUGCACCACAAAUUGUUGCCAAAGUAUCCUACCCCUGGAUAAGCGGUGUGGUUUUAUCAGACAGCCUCUGACCGCAAACACGAGCGCAAGAGCAAUGAGAAAAUACUUGUGGGCUUGGCUUUGACUGCUACAGCCUUCUAAGAGAGCAGUGACAGACACCUACAGACAGCGGCAUCAGAGGUAAAAGUUGGACUGAAAGUUAACUACACAUUCAGAAGGUUAAAGAAAACGUGUGCGCGUAUAAAGGGAUGCCAGCCAGGCGUGGCUUGUGGUUAAAUAUCCAAUGUGAGAAUGCGUGGGAAGUAUGUACAUAUUAGAGUCUUUCCAUCUGAUACACAGAGAUAUCAAACUGGUGAUUAAAGCAACGACCGAUAACCUGAGAGGACUGACUUGGAGUAACGUUGCUUGUGCGUGAAUGGACCGGACUUGUGUAAACUUUACUCCCUACUUGAGUUGCCGAAAUAUUACAGAUGCCUUCGCUUAAUUUGACAGCUGUGCACACAAUGGCAGAGGUCGGGAGUUUUGUGGGGACAGUCGACUUGGAUUUACAAAGCUUUCCUACACUUGGGAAUAUGCCUCUACCUGAGACUCCAGUGGGGCUGAAUGAGCGGCUGGGGCAGAUCGAAGGAAGGCUGCAGCGGGGGUCACCCACGGAUUUCGGGCACCUGAAAGGGAUCCUGAGACGCCGGCAGCUCUACUGCAGGUCCGGCUUUCAGCUAGAGAUAUUCCCCAAUGGUACUGUGUAUGGGACAAGACAAGACCACAGCAGAUUUGGUAUCCUGGAGUUCAUCAGUCUGGCAGUGAGUCUGGUCAGUAUCAGAGGGGUGGACGCUGGACUCUACCUCGGCAUGAAUGAGAAAGGAGAGCUCUAUGGGUCGAAGAAGCUGACAGCAGAAUGUGUGUUCAGGGAGCAGUUUGAGGAGAACUGGUACAACACCUACGCUUCAACUCUAUACAAGCAUACAGACACGGGACGCUUCUACUAUGUGGCCUUAAACAAGGACGGCUCGCCCAGGGAGGGCAGCAGGACUAAAAAACACCAGAAACUCACCCACUUCUUACCCAGGCCAGUGGAGAUCGAAAAGAUCCCUCAGGAAUACAGGGACUUAUUCCAGGACAGGUGACCAGCACUGACACCUGGAGAACAGGCUGUGUUUAGAGGUACAGUAAUAAGAGGAGAGGGGGGGUGUUUUGUGGAGGUUUUGGACCUGUUAGAGAACUGUUUACCCUGAGGCCACUGUGCCAAGCAUGUACAGCACUGACAUAAACAUUGUGCAUGUUCCUGAAUGUCGCUUCCUUUCCUCUGCGGUGGACCUGUUACCUCAGAGAGGAGGGGAAAUUUUCUUGUAAAACCACUGCAGAUAUGGACAGAGGAGGCCAACGUGACUGCCCAGCUGUGGGACAAUCUGGACGAACAAAUCAGGUGCCAUGUUUUCCCAAUAACCACUCUUUAGAGGUAAAUGUAAAUGGAGUCGUGGCUCUUCGCGGUUUUGAGUGGGGAAAAAAAUAAACGUUUGACUAUGAGAGCAUCAAGAAGAAACGUUUAGGACGUCCAAGUGGCAGAAAGCAAUGCAAAUGUCACAGAGGACAUUUGUCAUGCACUAUACACAGUCAUGGUGAUGUUAAAUGUAAGAGAAGGCACAUUCCACAUACACAGAGAUAAACAGAUAGACGGUGAGGGUCAGCAAUACAUGGACUGCACGCUACAUGCAAUGGCAGGUAAAGAAUUUGUAAGAGGACUGCCUGUGUGGCGGAGAAGAAACUUGAACUGCAGUUUAAUGAAAUCGUCUUCAAAAUGGAAGAUGAAAAGAGUGGAUAUAAAAUCUCUGAAGAAUGUGUGAUAGAUGAAAGAGCACUUACUGCACAUCUCCAGUUCCAGCUGUGGGCUCGUCACAUCUCCCAUGCAAUCACCGCCAGUCUACGCAUCACAUUCCUCACAUUUAAAUAUAUCAAGCCGUACGAACUGUAUGCAAAACAAGUUCAGGACAGAAGCACUUCUCUGACCACGGUAGUACAGAUCAAGUGAUGAGUUGUUUUUUUUAAAGGAUGGUGACUUGUAAUGUUCAGAGUGUCACGAACAUUAUUAAAAAUGCAAGCAGCUGAGAUGUACAUAUGGGCGAUCCUAUUUAUGAGAUGUACAAUAUAUUUAUUUUCUACAUAUAAAGUCUAAAUAUAAAUCUAUAUUUAUUUAUUGCAAAGAUUUUAUUUUGUAAUGAACUUGAAGUUAUCUGGACUGUAGAUUCUACUGAAAUUACACCA